AUGAAGAUCGAUAUACAUAACCAUAUUUUGCCUCGGGAGUGGCCCAAUUUAAAAGAACGCUACGGUUACGACGGAUUUUUACAAAUGCAUCAUACUAAAUGCGGUCAAAGCGAAUUAAUGAAGGAUGGCGAACAUUUUCGAACGGUGCAAGCUAACUGUUUUUGCCCAGAAGAAAGAAUAAAAGACAUGGAUGCAACAGGUGUCACCGUUCAAGCUCUUUCCACUGUUCCUGUAAUGUUCAGUUACUGGGCUAAGCCAGAAGACACCUUAGACUUAUGUAAAAUAUUAAAUGACGAUUUGAGUAGUACGAUUGCUAGACAUCCUAAGCGUUUUGUAGGCCUUGGUACAUUGCCUAUGCAAGCACCUGCAUUCGCUGUGCAGGAAAUGCGGCGGUGUGUAAAAGAACUAGGGUUCCCUGGCGUGCAGAUUGGGUCGCAUGUGAACGAUUGGAACCUAGAUGCACAGGAGCUGCGCGAGUUUUGGAGGGCGGCAGAGGAGCUGGAAUGCUCCGUGUUUGUGCAUCCAUGGGACAUGGAGCUUGGUGGGAGAAUGAAAAAAUAUUGGGCGCCCUGGUUGGUAGGGAUGCCUGGAGAGACAGCACAUGCCAUUCAGUGUGUUUUAUUCGGUGGUGUCCUUGAGCAAUUUCCUAAGUUAAAAAUCUGCUUUGCUCAUGGAGGUGGAGCCUUCCCUUAUACAAUAGGGAGGAUGCAGCAUGGGUUUAAGUGUCGUCCGGACCUCUGCGCGACUGACACAUCCAUCCCACCUCUUGAACAAGUUGGGAAAAUUUUCACAGAUAGCCUUGUACAUGAUGAACGCGCACUUAAGUAUUUAGUCGAGAUUUUGGGAGAAGACAAUGUGGUUCUUGGAUCCGAUUACCCGUUUCCACUCGGAGAGCAGCAUCCAGGGAAAUUAAUAGAAGAAACAAAAGAUUUCUCUCAAAAGAAAAAGGAUAAAUUGCUCUUCGAAAAUGCGAUAAAAUUCCUUGGCCUUCAAAAGAAAAAUUACUACGAUUAA